GAUAGAUAAACAUCACGUAGACAAAACUGUAUGUAAAUUGCAGAUUAGUGACCACUUUCCCUAAAACUGGGGAUUUAAUUUAGCUGAUGAAUUUAUAAAUUAGUUACAAAGUUGAUUACGAUAAAGGGAAAUUGUGUGUAUAUUUUUCUGUUGAAAUCCACUUCGAAAUUAAAUUGAUUUAAAUAACCAGAAAGUCCAGCCACACGUCCAAGAUGAAAGUUGUUCAUAAGAUCAAUGAUUCCUGCUGAAAUUCACAACAUAUGUUAUGAAAAUUGGAUUUCCAAAGGGUAAGAGAUGGCGUGGAUGAAAAAAAGGGGUCCUAGUGCACCGAGUCCAGCACCUGCCCCAAAUGUGCAAAUGUACAACCCCAACCAACAUUCCAACACUAAAGAGCACCAAUGGCAAAAUCAACAGCAGCAUAACUGGUACCAACCCCAGCAAACACAGUAUCAACCACAGCAAUCACAGUACCAACCAGUACCUAACCAACAACCUACUCAGACACAUCAAAAUUAUUGGCAACAACCUUACAAUACUCAAGGUUACAACCAAAAUGUCCAGCAGGCUUACGGACAACAGUAUGGAAAUCCUCAAGCAGGAGUGUUCCCGAAUAAUACUGGGUUUCAACAGCAGAAUUAUGGAAUUCCUCAAUAUAAUCAGCUGGGUAAUCAAAAUAAUGUUUAUGGAAAUGCAGUGCCUCAAACUGGGCAGCAGAAUGAAGGAGAUGCUUGGGGAGACUGGGCAUGGGGUGAUGAGGAUAAUUCGAACAUUCAGCAAAAUGAAAAUGCUACUGCUCAGAAGCAAGGAAGCGAAAUAGGCAAUAGUUUUGCCAAUGAUGAGACUUGGAAUUGGGGGAUCGAAGAGGCAAAACCUGUUAAUCCAGUUCAGACGAGGCCUGUUGGAGAUAAUGCAUCCGAAAUCAGAGAUCAGUUUCCUAAAACGAGUCCCCUCGUAAAAACUGAAAAUAAUUCCGACUCACUCCACUUAGACCAUGUGCAAGACAAUUCUAGGCUCUCAGCUGUACGCAAAAAACUGGAUACACCCCAGUGGUCGACCGAGUCUCAAAUUUCGCAGGAAUCAUCUGAUGACGUCGUUCAGACUUCAGAGAGUGAUAAAAGUCACAUGAUGUCACGCAGUUCAACAGUCAGCCACUCUCCCAUAUCUGGAAACGACUUGGCCACGACACAGAACCAAGAAGAAGUUCCUAUGAAAGGUGAUACUUAUGAAAAUAAAGAAAUAGUAUCCAAUAUCAAGCAGGAAUUGUCUCCAAGUGUUAAUCCUACUCCUCCACCACCUAAGAAUACCUUGACACCUCCACUAAUGCCGCCUUCCAGAGGUUCGGAUGAUUCUAAGAAUCCUUACAAGCGUACAGAGGGCAUCGGUCACAAAACGAGUAAGUUUAGAGGUUCAGCCGUCAUGCCUCCUGAUACUCGGCAAAACGUAUUCCAAAUGGGUAGUUUUCACAGUCAGCAAGUAAAUUUGGAGACGCUUCCAGAUAAUUCAGAACAACCUGAUUCAAUGCCCAACCUAUCUUUCCAAAGGGCGAAGCCUGUGACAAAUUUGCCAGAUAACAACGAAGCUCCCAUUAAUGACAGGAAUCAGUAUCUGGAAACGGGCCAACUUUCCGAAGGUAAUUUGCCAGAUUAUAACCAGGAGAGAGAGGAUAGUGUGAGGCAGGAAGUCAGCGAUACCUUACCACCUCCUGGUCUUAGUCGCAUGGUUCCAGGACAGAUGGAGCAAAGCGAGAACAUAGGGAACCUGGGGAGUUUCGGAGAUGAGCCACCACCGGGUUUGAGUAGGAUGGUUCUGGGGCAGACAGAGACGGUUUCUAGCGUUCAGUCAGUCUUGACUCAGAAUGACGAUCCCAAGGCUCCGUUCGACACGUCAGGCCCUCCGGAAGGUUUACACAGAAUGAUUCCUGGAGAAUCAAGUUCACCUGAAAAUUCAUUGCGUCGACUGCAACAAGAGCAAGAUGACAAUGAUUCCGAACCAGAAUUCAACCAAUUGGUUCAACAUGCGCCGCAACCAAGAUCGGCGACUAUUGGUGCUGAUACUCCACCAGCCACCGUGAAACCAACUGUGAGCCCACCGUUGGCGACUAGUAAUCGCUCACAAAUUAUAGGGGGAGCCGACAACCAGAUCAGAAAUACAUCUACUUCUACUACUGAGAAAAGUAGUAGCAGAUCUGUGAAGGAACCGGAGAGGAGGGAUUACAUUGAUGGUCAGACCGACGAAAAUGAGAUUUCCAACAUUACCAACUCGGUUCGCAACAUGGCCGUGGGAGAAAAUCUCACUGAUGGUCAAACAUCUAACACCAGUCUGCCAGACCCUGUUGCAAGAAAACCAAGUAGACAAGAAAGUAGUGAUAGUGAUAGAGAACACAGAAAACCUCCAAGAAGUUCGAGAGAUAAACGAUCUUCGGAAAAAAUCAAACGAGACAGAGAAAGGGAACCAGAUAAUAAUCGGGAGAGAGACAGAGCUCGAUAUAACGACGUUCCUAGAGAUAAAAAAUACGAUAGAAGAAGGUACAAAGAUAGGCGUUAUGAGGAGGAUACAGACUACUACAGUGAUAAAGAAAGAAGACACUCCGAUGACAGAGACCGAGAGUAUGAAAGAAAAUACAGCAGCUUGCGCAAGGAAAAAGACAGAGACAGGCGUCGGAGAGAUCCGAGAGAUUACAGGAGAGGCGAUUAUUAUUACGGAAGUAGGUACGAUUAUGAUUAUGAGCACGAUAGCAGGUCGAGACCUUCUAGCAGAUCGGACUCGAUGCAUGAAUCUGUGAGAGAAAGGGUACAAGAGAAAGAUCACAGAGAUAAGAGAGGGAGAGAAAAAGAGAAGGAGAGGUAUAGAAGACACCGGGACCCAAGGGAUAUGUACAAUCCGUAUCAGGGUUAUUCCUACGACCCUUACAACCCUUACUACCAGCAAUACCAAUAUUACGAGAAUCUCAGGAGAACCAACCCUCAAGCAUACACGGAGUGGUACAGAAAGUACUACCAACAAGCUACAGGUCAUGGUUCUAGUUACGGCGGCGAAGAUAGAGCUUCAGUACAUUCAGGGAGAAGUUCAGCUAAUGAUGAACUUGCCAAGGAUAGGUAUACGCGGCAGAGUUUUUACAGCCAAGUGAGUCUGCCUCACCACGGAAGCUACUAUGGAGAUUCGCAUGCGCAUAGCGUGUCUGGUCAUUAUGGCCAUGACAUUUCUAGUUACUCCCGAACUUUCGAUAACACUGAUUCAUCUAUGCACUUUGACGACAGCAACCUGGCAGCUCAACGUCUCACUCCUGCCAAAUUCGCCACUGCCCACCUGAAAGCUUCCAUAACUUCUGGAAAACUUAUUCACAUUCUUCCCCAUUAUCCUAUGGACGGACAGUCCGCGAUCGUGGAAGUAUCUAGUUUGCAUUCGCUGCUGCUCAACAAUGAAGAGUACGUGGAGUUGAGCGAGUUUCCCGGGCCUCUCGUCAAGGGUAGUACACACAAGAAGACCAUUAUCGAAUAUUGUGAAAAUAAAAUCAAAGGUGCCAUUUCUAAUAAAGCGAUUGUUGAUGUGGAUUCUUACGUUUUGAUGUGGGAUCUUUUGAUUUUAUUGAUAAGACAGAACGGGAUGGUUGUCGGAACCGACAUUGCAGAACUGUUGUUGAAUAACAAAAGAGAAAUGCCUCCUCUGAGACGUUCUUCAAUUAUAUCUAGUGUUAGUAGUAACAAUGGAGAUAUCAAUCCUUCUUCUGAAUCUGGUAAUCAUCUUAUAUCUGAAAACACUGGUAGCUUAAUGUCAAUUUUAAAAGAAGAGGAGGUAACUAGUAAAUUCAGAGAAUUUUUGUUAUACGGAUCCGGAAAAGAGGCUCUUGAAUGGGCCAUGAAGCACGGACUCUGGGGUCACGCGCUGUUUUUGGCGAGCAAAUUAGAUAAAAGAACUUACGCGAAUGUUAUGAUGAGAUUCGCUAAUGGCUUGACUUUGAAUGAUCCUUUGCAAACAUUGUAUCAACUGUUGUCUGGAAAGAUGCCCGCUGCAGUGACGUGCGUUUGCGAUGAGAAAUGGGGAGACUGGCGUCCUCACUUAGCCAUGAUCCUGUCGAACACUACCCAACCUCCUGAACUUAGCAUCAAAGCUGUCACAAGUCUUGGUGAUACUCUCUUGAAUCGAGGCAGUCUUUAUGCUGCGCAGUUUUGUUAUUUGAUGGCCGAAGUUGGCUUCGGUAAGCACGGCAAUCCUGAUACGCGUUUGGUACUUCUAGGAGCUGAUCACACUAAGCCUUAUCCGAUUUUCGCUUCCAACGAGGCGAUACAUAUGACCGAAAUAUAUGAGUACGCUUGCGGGUUGAAUAAUCCUGACUUCGUCAUUCCACAGUUCCAGAUAUACAAAUACUUACUUGCUACAAGGCUUGCCGAUCGCGGUUUACUAGAGAAAUCUCUGGGCUACUUGGAAAGUAUUGCAGGCUGCAUAGAAGCCGAUCCAACUUCAGUUCAGGCCAGCUUUGUUGAGAAUGUAUGCAUGUUGGCAGAUAAACUGAAGUUUUAUGAUCCUGUUGGUGAUAUUGAAGACGAGUCCGAAUUUGGAGGGAUUAUGGAGACAAGCAGGCCUGAUAACUCUUGGUUGAAGAAACUCAGGGCUAUUCAGGGCGAUUUCCAGACUGGUUUGAUAACUCAUCAAAGUCUCCAGAAUUUGGAAGAGUACCAAACUCCGUCACAAGAAACUGACCCCAAUCAAACGCUCUACGUAAGUAGCAACCAGGAUUCUUGGCAACAACAGUAUGGCCAGCAGUAUCACCAAAAUGAAAUUUUUCAACAACAACCGUGGCAACCGGAUCAAACUCAAAUUCCUCAAGCUGAAUUUCAACAUGACAAUCAGGCUACACAGCUAAACGAAUAUUCACAGCCAGAAUAUCAAGAUCAGCAAGUUUUUUGGCAAAACCAACAACAACAGUGGAACGAUCAGAUUGGUCAGUACGGCCAAGAAACCAUGAAUCAGCAGCAAAGCUUCUAUGGGUCAAAUGCUCAAAGUGAGCCUAAAGAGGUACAAAAAGACGUAUCUGAAGAAACUCUGCAGCCGCAAAUUUCCCUUCCUAAUCAACCAGGAGGUUCGAAGGAAGAUAUUGAAGAGAAGACCGCAGAUGUUCCCAAAGAAAAACCGGUGGCAAAGGUGCAUAGUCCAGCCCAGGAGAAAACGCAAAGCACUGGUUGGUUCGGCGGAAUUUUCAGCAGGCUUGCCCUUAAACCAAAAAAUCAGAUGAAGUUGCCAGAUGAUAAAAAUCCUAAGAUUGUUUGGGACCAAGACAAGAAACGCUGGAUGAAUGUCGACGAAGAUCCCAAUGAUCCCGUCAACGAGUUCAAACCUCCACCUAAAAUGUCCGACAUUAUGCCCAAGAUGACUCCGUUGGCCCAAUCUACACCAAGUAUUGAUUCCACCAGCUCUUUUUAUCCAAAUGGCUCUCCCCUAUAUCAAAACACACCUGCCGUAGGUAAUGUGACAAUUCAAACUCAACCAUCUUCAUUACCGAAUGUCUUGACAUCUAAUUCGGUAGAUAAUUCAUUGAAUGAUGAUAGCGGAACUCCUGCACCGAAGUCUACUCAACCUAAUAUGUUUAAGCUUCAGAGGGGUAGAAAUUUGAAAAACUCUUAUAUCGAUGUGUUCAAUCCCAAUAGCAAGCCCGUUGGCCCUGCUUCUCUUCCUGUCAUGGAAAAAUUAGGGCCAACUGUACCCCAAAUGAAUUUUUUCAUUCCCCAACCUGCUGACCCCAACGCUCCUGUCGACUUCAUAACACCUGGGGGAGUGCCUCACAUGGGAGAGACACAGAUGUCUAGGUGGAGUUCAACUAGUUCAUUGUCGAGGGAAGUUCAAUUCUAUAUGCACCAAAAAGUUCCUCCACUAUAAACCAUUGCUUAGAUCACAGCUUGCACAUCAUUUUUCGUGCUGGUAUGUAAAAGAGUUGAUUGUUUUUUUGUUUGUGAAAUGAAUUUGAGAGACAAUUGAAGAAAAUUUAACUUCCUUGAAUUCUAAGAUGAUUUUGGGUAAUGGCGAAUCUAAGCUGAGACUUACGAGGACCAAAUAAAAUAUUAACUAAACAUUAAAUUUUAUUGAAUAAUCACGAUAUUACAUGGCAAAUAGAUCUUGCAGUUAGUUAAUUGCAUUAAUGCCUAACAAUGCACAAUUUUUUACAAUAAAUUUUGGUUUUUAUACAAGCCUCAGGUUUUAUGUGGUUAUUCAACGAGGUUUUGUAUCAUUAAAAAUCUGAAAAUUGAAAACUUGCAUAAAUGACAAGUUCAGAACUUUGAGCCACCAUAACUGAUCAUUGAUUUACCGAAGAUAGAAAUUAGCCUCAAUUUUCCAUGAAAAAAUAUAAUGGAAUAAAACGACAUGCAUAAAUUAAUAACUUGUAACAUCAGGUAAUCAAUAUACUUUAAAAAAAUCUGUUUUAAAAUCUGUUUUUCCGUUAAUCAGUUAAGUAUAUUACCGUUAAGUAUAUUAACCUUCUUUGUUAUUUUCGAGCGAAGAAAAUAUAGAUACAUUCUGAAAGUGCCAACACUCAUUCCUAAAUAAUUUCAUCUAUUUUUUAUUCCGAAUUUAUUUAGUAUUUGCAGCUUCAAAGAAGUGAAUUAUAAUCUGAUAAUAUAAUAAUAAUAAUAAUAAUGAAAGAUCUUCUAUCUUCUGUUCUGUGGGUAGGGAUAGUUAUCUUGAAUCCAAUUUUUUUUUAUUAGUUCAGUGAAUAGAGAGUGGUUUACACUUACAAAAGGUCCGCUAGUUCUAAAUUUUUGAUAUUGUCUAGGUUCGCAAGUAUUUAAAAUGCAAAAUGCACAAUUCCCCUGUUUCCUCGCUCGACCAUAUCGAAAAACCAAAAAAAAAUCACUUUCGUUUGUUAUUUUUUGGGAAGUAAAUUAUUAUUAUUAUUUUUUCAAUGUUAAUUGAGGCACUCUAAUUACUAAGCUAAAUUGUUGUUUGUUGAUUGUCAUGAAUAAUUUCAAAUUUCAGUAUAACCCUGAUAUGCAUAUUGAAGGUUUAGACUAUAGAACACUUUGUGUUCGAUGUUGAUUUUUUUGUGAAUUGUUACAUCAUAAAUCUUUUUGACUUCAUGUUUAUUGAUAAAAUUUCAAAAAAAAAAAACUCAACUGAAAAUGUAUUCCCCCUAAAUGAACAUACUAUUAUAGACAGGUUUUUUUUAUUCUAAAUCAUUAGUCAUUCAAUGUUUAAAUUUUAGUCUUUCACAAUACCCAUUGUUUAUAAAUUUAUCAGAUUCAUAGCAAUGGGUGGUAAUUGAUUCUAAAUGAGUAUUUUUGACUAAAUAUAACAGAUAAAUUUAAAUGUUUUGUAACAUAAUGGAACUGGAAGUUCCAAAUUUCAGAAUGAUGGGAAGUGUAUUUGACUUUGAUUCUUAAAAAAUAUUUUGGAUUCGAAGAUGUUUGGGAUGUAUUUUAACUUUUCUAUCUUUUCGAACAAGAAUCUGCCAGACAAUCAACUCCUAUGAGCUAGUAUAUUGACAGUUUUUAUUGUUUAUAAUGUUGUAUAAAAGGAAUCAUUCUAUUUACAUCUCUAGGUCUAAGCUUAUUUUUGCCAUGUUGCCUAUUUGUUCUGUGUUGUUAAAAUCGAAUUCAGUUCAUGAAUAAUAGCCUUUCAGUUAUACAUCAUGAAGCUGGAAGUACUUUUUUUUCACAGCCUCAUUAACUUGUGUCAGAAGAUGGAGGUUAUUGGUGGAAUCUGAGGAAAAUGUUAGAAAAUGUGACUGCUUUAUUGGAGAUAUUUAUUUCUUCGAAAUGUUUUUAUUGUAAAUUAUAAAUACAAUCUUAUUAUACAUAUAUUUAUAAGAAAUGUGGGAAUAAAUAGAAUAAUCGAAA